UGUUGACAAAAGGACUGACAUGCUUCACCUUCUUCCACUCUCUCCUCACUCGCUCAUCACUCCAUCGCCAAAAUGCUUCUUCAUCUUCUCCUUCUCUUCUUCUUUCCCCUUGUUGCUUACUCAUCUCACUGCACCACCCAAACUGCAACUAAAUCCUUCCAAAAAUGCAUGACACUUCCUAUCCAACAAGCCUCCAUAGCAUGGACCUUCCACCCUCACAAUUCGACCCUCGACCUUGUCUUCUUCGGCACCUUCAUUUCCCCUUCUGGUUGGGUCGGAUGGGGCAUGAAUCCCACCUCGCCGGAGAUGACCGGAACUCGAGCUCUCAUUGCCUUCCCUGACCCCAACUCCGGCCAAAUAGUCCUCCUUCCUUACAUUCUGGACCCCACCGUUAAGCUUCAAAAAUCUCCCCUCCUCUCUCGCCCCCUCGAUAUCCACCUCCUCUCCUCCUCGGCCGCCAUGUACGGUGGCAAAAUGGCCACCAUACACAACGGCGCCACCAUCCAGAUCUUCUCGACCCUCAAACUCAAACCAAACAAAACCAAAAUCCACCUCGUCUGGAACCGCGGACUCUACGUUCAAGGCUACUCCCCCACCAUCCACCCAACGACCUCCACCGACCUGUCCUCCAUCACCACCUUCGACUUCCUCUCGGGCUCCUCCGCCGUACAACACAGCAACAACGUGAAGGCCCUGAGAGUCAUCCACGGAACCAUCAACGCCAUCACAUGGGGAAUCCUACUACCAGUAGGAGCAGCCACAGCUCGUUACCUCAGACACAUCCAAUCACUAGGACCCACAUGGUUCUUCGUCCACGCAGGGAUACAACUGUUCGCGUUCACUCUGGGAACCAUAGGGUUCGCCAUCGGAAUAUGCCUGGGAAGGCUAUCGCCGGGAGUGGAGUACAGUCUUCACAGGAAGCUAGGGUUCGCGGUGUUCUGCCUGGGGGCGUUGCAGACAGUGGCGCUGCUGUUCAGGCCGAAGACGACGAACAAGUUCAGGAAGUACUGGAAGUCGUAUCACCAUUUUGUAGGGUACGCAUGCGUGGUGCUAGGGUUUGUGAACGUGUUUCAGGGUUUUCAAGUGAUGGGAGCGAGCAGGUCAUACGCGAAGCUGGUGUACUGCCUGGGAGUGUCGACGCUGGUGGGAGUGUGCAUAGCGCUAGAGGUGAACUCGUGGGUUGUGUUCUGUAGGAAGUCCAAAGAGGAGAAGCUGAGGAGAGAGGGACUCAUUGGGACCUCUGAGAAAGGUAGUGGCAUCCAUAAUUAGUGGACUUGCAUGCUUUCUUCUGUGUUUUUCUUUCCUUAUUUUCUUCUCCUUUUUUUUCUGUGAAUUUUUAGAAUGGGGAUAUAAGCUAAGAGGUGUGUAUGUACCGUUGAGUAAACUCUACACCUCUUCCUCAAAAGGGUUUUCAUCAUUAUUUAAUUUAUGGCAAAGUUUUCGAAAAAGAAGGUUGGCAAAUAAAAUUUUUAUGUUUUUCUUUUCUUUAGAUA